AUUUUGGAACUUACAAAUGUAAUACUUUCUCAGCAUUGCGGGGAAGCGGAUGUGAGUUCAGGAUGGAGUGGAUAAAAAUUCUUUUCUUGAUUGGGAUGCUCAAGAUUUGUCUUCUUGGAAUGGCUACCGGUCAAAAGAAUGUUAUCACCCUGAAUGAUGGAGGUUAUUCGAAUGUGCUCAUCGCAAUCGACAGAAAAGUGCCCGAGGACAUGACCAUCAUAAAAAAUAUUAAAACUAUGUUUACAUCAGCAUCUCAAUGUCUCUACAAUGCAAGUAGGAAUCACGUUUACUGGAAACACAUCAAGAUCCUUGUCCCAAACACCUGGUCUAACCCGAGCCGGUUCAAACGUUUCAGGACGGAAUCGUUUCACUCUGCUAAUAUCAUCGUGCACCACUUCCCAGAUGAUGAGCCGUACGUUGAAAACCUUGAAGGAUGCGGAAAGGGAGCUCUGAGCCUGAUGCAUUUAACGCCGAAAUAUAUUCUGAAUCAACGAUAUAGAGAAGAUAAAUUCGGAGAUACAGACAAUGUCCUAGUCCGAAGUUGGGGUUACUACCGAUGGGGAUUGUUUAAGGAAAACUACGACGGGAAAGGAGUCGGCACUGCUCCUACCAAGAAGGAUUGCCACUUUUUUGAUACAGAAUCUGAACAGACGGCUGAAACAUCCCUGCUCUCUGCGACAAGAAAAGAUCACGUACCUUCUGUCGAGGUUUUUUGUGCGGAGGAUUCUCUUCCGGAUAGCGUACACAAUCCGCUGGCUGUAAACCUCAUGAACAUCAAUUGCGGUGGCGACAGUGCAUGGAAGGUCAUGCUAGACAGAACAACAGACUUCCGGAACGGUAUAUCACUGAUAUCUAACACCACACCCAAGUUUGAGGUCCUUCAGGUCUCUUUGGUCAGGAGUGUCGUCCUUGUGCUUGACAUCAGUGGUAGUAUGGGAGCCCGUAUGGGAGGGAAUCGACUUACUCGAAUGAAUCAAUCGUCUGCUCAUUACAUUAUGAAUAUAAUUCCGGAAAACAGCAAACUCGGAAUCGUUAUUUUCUCAAAUGAAACGGCAGUAAGAGCCUCUCUUACGGAUAUCACCGAUACGGCUUCGCGAAAAGGACUCGUCAACAACUUACCUACAGAAGUAAUUGGUGGCACCUGCAUUGGAUGCGGAAUAUUAAAAGGCAUUGAGGUACUUGGAUCUUAUGCAGAGGGUGGAUACCUCUUACUCAUCAGUGAUGGUGAUGAGAAAUUACGUAAGUACAUCAAUCAAACGUACGAUGAAAUUGAAAAAGCAGGUGUCAUCAUUGACACCAUCACCAUAAGCAACGCAACCGAUCCGAAAAUGGAGGAUCUGUCCACAAGGACAUCAGGAUUAUCAAGCUUCUGCUUGGAUACUGGAACUGGAACGUGUCUGCAGCAAGCGUUCCAGAGAACAAUUGCAGAGAGGCCCGACAUUGGCACGGAAACAGUCCCAACACAGGUUCAUUAAUAUUUUAAAUAUUUACCAUUGCUUGUGAUUUUCAUGUAAUGAAGUACAUAAGAUAAACAUAAUCUGAUUAAUUAUAUUUAUUCUAUUCGCUUUCUCCCUCGUAACUCUUUUUGUUAAGUCUUACCUCGGGAACAAGAGUAGUCCUAGGUAAUAAUGCUCUUUAUUAUGGAUUACUCUCACAAUUUACACAAGCACAAGAAACUAUUAAGGUGUGCCAUUGGUUGUGGUUUUAGUCUCAUCCAUAAUUAUAACACAUAACAAGUAUAAUCACCAACAUUAUUCCCGUACCAGUAUGGGAAUAGGCUUAAUAAUCUUGGCGGUUACAACAUGAAUAAGUUGUUUGUUGUGAGACGAUAUACUAACAUAAUUUGAAUACAUAUUAGUACGAUUCUUAAAUCUGAAAGUCACCAUCCUAAGUUCCAUGUUGUAACUUUAUAUAAUGGGUAUACCACUUAAUUAGAGUGGACGGCUUCAGCAUAACUACUGGAAAGGACCCGGGUAUAUUUUAUCCGAUAAUUCAAUCACAAUUUACUAAAGCGUCCGCACCCAAGCGUGCGCACAUCCCUAAUAUACGGGGUGCAUAAUGACGCAAACAAUUCCUCUCCACAUAAGGUGCCCACCUCUACAGACGAGGAAACAUUCAAAGGGCACAACAUUGAUAAACACAAAAUUCCUCUCCACAUGAUAGGGUGUCAACCUAUAUGGACGAGGAAACAAUCAAGGGCACAACAUAAAAUAAAUGGGGCGACGCAGUGGCCAAUACAUCCGAUCUCAAAUAAUUGAAAACAAUUCACCUUCCUGCUGAUGUAUGGUGAAGCCGGCCAAAGUUACGUAAGAUAGGCACAGGGGCUCGAAAAUUGUACAAUUUACCGCCACUGUGUAUAUCGCUUUGUUGAUCACAUAUUAUUGUCGUUGAAUCCCUUGAAGCGCGUUAUUUCCUAUGCCAGAUGAAAUGGGCUUGAGCAUGUUUCUGCCAUAUACAGAAUGAAAGAAAGAACCUUUUGUGUAUUCGUGUAUCGAAGACGAAUUCCUGGUUGAGACUAAGUAAGACAAGCCUAAGGAUCUACCAACAACUAGCAUCUUAGCUGCAGAAAAACAACAUUCGCUAUGGUUGUAAGUGUACGAGAGAAAAUUCGCACAACUGAAUAGAUAAUCAGAUAAACAGAUCCAACAAAAUAUCAUGAUGAAAGUUGGAAGAACUACUCAUAGUUUACUUCACUAGCAUUGAG